GACCGCGGAAAUCCAAUGGAGGCCUACAACGACGCGCAGUUCCUUGUACGGUACCGCUUCACCAAGCAGACUGUGCGAGAGCUGCUCGCGAUGGUGCCUCUUCAUGCAAGCAGCGACAACAGGGGGUUGCCGCUCCCUCCUAUGCUGCAGCUGCUUAUUACGUUGCGGUUUUACGGAUCCGGGACGUUCCAGGUUGUUGCUGGGGAUCUCGUCAACGUGUCACAGCCCACAGUGUUUCGCACCGUCGAUGCUGUAACGCGGCUGAUCGCCAGACACCUCUUCCGAGACCUGGUUCAUUUCCCGAGUGCGUCUGAAUACAGUGAGGUUAUGAAGGACUUUUAUGAGAUUGCAAAGUUUCCUGGAGUGACGGGGUGCAUCGACUGUACACAUGUGAGAGUUAAAAGCCCCGGCGGUGACGACGCAGAAGUGUAUCGAAACCGAAAAGGUGUUUUCUCAAUCAAUGUGCAGGUGAUCACCGGUCCCCAACUCCAGUUUUUCAAUCUGGUGGCGAGCUGGCCAGGGUCUGUCCAUGACAGCCGCAUUUUUGACAACUCUCGCGCACGAGUUUUGUACGAAGAGCACCGGGUGCCUGGACUGCUGCUAGGGGACAUGGGCUAUGCCUGUUUCCCCUUCCUCAUGACCCCCCUGGCAGACCCUGGACCAAAAGACACACCACGAGGCAGGUACAACAAAGCUCAUAUAAAGACACGCAACAGCGUGGAAAGGGCAUUUGGCGUUUGGAAGCGCCGCUUUCCCUGCCUCGACAUGCGAUUGCAGCACAAGCCUCGUCGUGCCAUUCGCAUCAUUACAGCUUGUGCUGCGUUACAUAACCUGGGACGCCUCAGGAAGGAGCCAGACCCUCCCUGUUCAACAGCACUCCGCCGGACACGCAGCUCCAGGACUCGGAGAACUAGGCAGCCUGCACACCUUCCUCCUGUGGAUGCUGUACAGGACUCCAUGACUGGCACACGUGCAAGGGAGAUUCUCAUCCAGAGAUGUUUCUCUUAG